AAGUAACAAUUAAACAUAACACUUCUACACAUACACAGUUUAAAAAUCAUGAAUAAAGGUUUCUUGUUCGUAUGUUUAAUUCUAUUUCAAGGAUUUUUAAAUUCAUGCAUACAUGGAUCUGUUAAAAAGGGAGCUGCCGUUGGCCCACGUAGUUUCCUCUGUGAUGAUUUUAAGGCGUUGAAUGACAUGUUUUGGUGGUAUGACUGGGGCGCUAAUCUAAACAUGAUUCGCAAAUACAGUAACUGCUCUAACAUAGAACAGUAUAUUAACAACUUUAUCCCAAUGAUCUGGGGGCGUGGAAGCUUUCUCAAUGUCAGUAUCCCGAGCAAUGCAGCUUAUAUCUUAGGUUUCAAUGAACCUAAUCAUUUUGAGCAAUCAAAUAUUACUGCAGAACAAGCGGCUAAAUACUGGCCAUAUAUUGAGGAACUUUCCCAAGGGAGGCUUCUGGUUAGUCCAGCGGCUGCUCCUUGUGGGGGAAUAUGUCAUGGCAACGCAACGGAAUGGUUCGACAAGUUCUUCAAGUAUUGCCUUGGAUGCAGGGUUGAUUACUUAGCAACACAUUACUACAGCUGUAAUGCAGACAAGACAAUGGCAUAUCUACGUGACCUGUACAACCGAUACGGGAAGAAAAUCUGGCUGACAGAAUUUGCCUGUCCCCGCACAGCUAGCCCGGACAAAGAACUUAACUACAUGAAACAAAUUCUUCCAAUGCUUGAGGCAGCACCUUUCGUAUUUAGAUAUUCUUGGUUUGCAUCUCGUAUAAAGGAAGGUGUUUUCGUGACGUCAGCAGCCAGCCUUCUUGAGCCCAAGUCGUCUGCAUUAACAGAACUUGGUCAGUUUUACAACAGUUUUAUUACAAAGAAGAGUAUGAACACUUCUGUGUCGUGGCUUAUUACCAUUUUAGAAGGUUUUGUGGGAUUCUGGGAGUAUCUACUUGGUUUAUAAAUUUCAGAGGCGUGACGAUCCAGUAAACGAAUAGAUGACGCUUUGCAACGUUAUAUAGAUAACAAUAGUGAGAAACAGAAACGUUUCUGGGCUUACACCUAUGCCUGUACGUUUAAUCAAGAAAAAAAGAAAGCAAAAACAGCAAACCAAAUUACAGCUAUUGUAAGGCCAAAGAAAGCGAAUUGCUUUAUAUUUAAAAAGGAUGAACACUCCGUAAUAUGAGCUAAAAUGUUAAAGUUAUUGUUAAAUUUAUCAUCGUUUAUUUAGCAGUGCUUUAUUAAAAUAGUUCUGUUUUCAAUACAUAACUUUCCAAUUUCUUCAAAUAUACUUUUAACAUCACUGGACAAAUUUCGUAUACAUGUCGAAUAAUCCCACAAAAAUACUUUUUGGUCAAUCGGUUGUUGCUCGUAGAAAUAAAUAUUUUAUAAAGACGAAUACUGUUCACCUUUCUUCUGACUAUAGGUACCCAUCCCAUAUCUCCCAAAGGAAGGGAUCUGAAGUGCAUUUAUGGACACCGAGGAAAUAUUUAAUUAUUCACUUGUGCAGAGUGUCCGGCUUCGAAUAAAGUUUAAAGCCACAUCCAGAAGACAUGUAGUCCGCCUAGAUAUUUGUAGUUUUGACAAAUGUCAACUACAAAACUUCCCAAUUUAAAUAUGAAAACAUCUUUCUUUUUCUACCUAAAAUGCACUACUUUUUUGUUUUAUUUAUAAACACUAGUGGUUUAAAGUGUCUAGUUUUGUUGUAGUAACAUAUGGGUCAAAGAAAUGACUCACCAGAUAUUGCAUGAUGUAGCGUAAUAUAACUGAACGCGGAAUACGAAAAGCCAUUUACCACCGGAACAAAUUCCCCCUAAUUUAAAUGACAAAGGUAGACAAAACCAGAAUUUUUCUCUCCAAUGUAUGAUUUUCAUUUUGUUCCGUUAGAAACUGAUAGUUAUUAAUCUUAAUAUUGUUAAUACUUAUGUCGAUGUUACUUAGAUUUUAAACUUUGUACUCAACAAAAUCAGAUUUUAUCCUCCUCAUUUGGAUUUUAUAAGGCGGUUGAAACAACUUAAGAAGAGACACACGGUGUUCUAAAUAAAUGCUCUAUGAAUUAACCAAUCAAGGUGGAACGUUCUUUAGCGUGCAUGUAAGCUGGUCGCGAUAAAUUAUAUAAAGGCGGAGACUUUUAAUAUUUCAUUGGAUCGAUGACUAUUGCGUUUCGUUCAUACGGUGAGUGUAAUCAGGUAGAACGUAAUCAUCAAUAAAUCAUUAUUCAUAGGCGGUAAUGGGAUAACAAAUCGACCAAAAAACAGCAAUCACUGCGUUUGUUGUGUUCAAAGGUAAAUAAAGAAAUAGAAAAUAUAUAAUUGACAAAAAUACCACUUCUACCUUUUACUUCUAAAAAUGAUUAUUCGGUAAUUGAUUCGUAUUAAAUGUUCAUAGAAAAACAAGAAAAACCAGGUCGCCGAGCAUGACAUAAACGAAAAUGUUGCAAGCUCGGUUAGACUGGGCCUGUUCAUUGACGAUAGGUGUAAAGGCAAGAUACUGCUCACGCCAUCUAGCCCUUGGUUGAGAAUAACUCCUCAUUUACACAUGUUACAAGUACCAAAAUAUAUAUUUUCGAGAUACCCGCAGAAGUACAAAUGAAAACUAAAUGAUAAAGAGAGUGCAAGUCCAUAAAAAGCGACAUAUGGUCCCUAAUUUAAAUAAUUUGUUCAUGCAAUGGGCUUGAGUACUUUAUCACGUCUGAAAGUUCAGAAUAAGUAGAUGUUGUCUAUAGAGGUUAUAAUGUUUGGGCAAUUGUUGCCCUGUUUACCCUAUAUAAAUAUCAUUGUCUGUUUCGCAGAGAAUCCAUUAUACAGGCCAUCGGAAGCAGAUGCGUUUUGUACGGCUCCCUACAACAACACCCGCUUUCGUCUUAGUUUGCCAUUUUCAUUCUAAUCCAGAAUUUGUCAUGCAUUGCCGGGAUGAGGGCAUUAUAGUCUUACUUAUAUCCGUAUAUGCGUUCGUGUGCGAUUGUUUGUUUUUAAUGUAUGCGCACAAUUCAAUCCAGUCAGUUUGAUACGCAUUGUUGGAUUUUGAAAUAACUUGACACUUAGAAACCACCAUAACAAGACAUGUUGCAUGCAUCAUCUUUACCUUUAUCGCCAAUUUUCUUGACACUUCCAAAUGUUUAUACACGCAUGAAUAUUCAUUUUACUUGGCAAAUAAAAGUUGGAUAGCCUGUAUAUCUAUCAACGAUAUUCAAAAUAAUAUUAGCAAACAUGAUAUCAAACAACCCAUUUUGCGAAAGGUAGUUGGUGGUUUCCUUCAUUGACGCGCCAUUGCGUGAGUACAAAUAACAAUCGAGAUCUAUAGGAUAUACAUUUGCAACAUGUUUACUCUUUCCCGAGUUUCAACCUACUUGAACUGCUUUGGUUGGCGGUCACACAAGGAAACUAUGUGAAAUUAUUUUUAAAUGAUUUGGAGAAUUAGGUAUUGCGGUGUUGGGUUGAAGAUAAUUUUGGCGGUGGAUGAUGAUGUGCUACUUAGGAAAAUAAUAAAGCCACACAGUACACUAAAAGUACAACAGUAGGAUAAGGAUUAAUGUGCGCGGGACAUGAAGUAUCCGGUCCUCUGCUGGCCAAGUUUUCAACGAAUCAGAAAGGCAGGAAGAAGACAUUUAAUACAGAUAUGGAUAUUUCCGUCUACAGCAUAGUUUUGACAGUGGUUGUUGUGUCUGUAGUGCAUGGUUCCAGGAAGAAAGGGGUAGGGAUAGACCUGAAGGCAUACAAAUGUGACGAUUUAAAGGCAUUAGAUAACAUGGCGUGGUGGUAUGACUGGGGGCCGAAUUUUGACAAAAUUGAAAGUGAAAGUGGGUGUAACAUCGACGAUAGAUACCUUGAUCCUUUUGUUCCUAUGAUAUGGGGAUAUAGUCCAAACUGGUCUACUGACAUAUACAGAGUUGACCACAGAAAUGAGUUUAUUUUAGGUUUCAACGAGCCUAAUCAUAAGGCACAAGCAAACUUAUCACCACAAGAGGCAGCUGAUGCUUGGCAUAUUGUGGAGUAUGCUGGAAAGAACACUGUAAUUGUUAGUCCAGCCGCAGCUAAAUGCGGAGGCGGUGUAGACAAAUGUAUUGAGGCAGAAACAAUAGACUGGCUCGAUCAGUUUUUCGGAAAUGUUUGCGCACCCGACCCGGGACCUUGUCGUGUGGAUUAUAUUGCAACCCAUAUUUACACAUGCAAAGCAACAAAAUUAAUGCGACUUCUUACGGAACUUUAUGACAAAUACAAGUUACAGAUUUGGCUGACGGAGUUUGCCUGCCCUUACGAUGUGACCGUAGAUGAGCAGCUAGAAUUUAUGCAGGCGGCUUUGCCAUUACUUGAGGAGAGUGACUAUGUUUAUAGAUAUGCAUGGUACGUACAUCGCAAAGCCACACCGAGUUCUUUUAUCCUGCCGUCAGCCAACUUGUUUGAAACCGGAUCUUCUACCCUGACAAGACUUGGGCAAUGGUACAAUGACUACACAUAUCCAGACGAUCCAAGCCCAGCUGGUGUAUGUAGGGCAAGCAGGAAGAGAAGAUAAACUAUCCAUGUCAUAUCUAAACAUUUGCUAUUCGAACGGCAAUUUAUAAUAGCAAAGUUUUUCUGUAAUCCGUCUCCCUGGUUACAUGUUCCGAUGCUGAUAUUACCGCUAGAUUUAGAUGAAGUAUGUCAGGCUUAUAAGAAAUUCGUUAAUACGUUUUGCUUGCAUACUACUUGAUUUUACGCUAAACAAUCUUUUUAGCUUGUUAUUUCUGAGUUUAAAAUAUUUGUAUUUCAAAUUAUGCAUUCUUUGUAUAUGUAUAUAUAAUGUUAGUGUUUUAAAUGAUACACUUACUAAUGAACUUCGAUAAUGUGGCAGUUGACCUCAAUACAAUCGACAGUUUAUUUCCCAAUACAGGUUACAAAUACUUACUUUACAAUAUAGCCCCAAGAUAAUUUUAUGACGAAUUAUCUUGGAACACCCCUGGACUUAUUGGACUCAACUGCCACAUUAUCAAAGUUUAUUAGUAGUACUACAUAUUUAUCAUAAUUAGAUUGCAAUAUUUGUUUAGAUUAGGUGCUUAUGACCACUUUUAAACUGUAAAUAGUCCAAAAUACGUGACCAGCUUGUCAUAAUACAACACCAAAUAGCUUGUACAUCUUUUGAUUUGCACCUAUGAUAAUACUUGCACAUCGUGUGAUUUACACAACCGAAAUAGGCGUACAUUUUGCGAUUUACAACACCAAAAAUCCAUGUAUAUUUUGCGAUUUACAACUCCAAAAAUCCAUGUACAUUUUGCGAUUUACAACACCAAAAAUCCAUGUACAUUUUGCGAUUUACAACACCAAAAAUCCAUGUAUAUUUUGUGAUUUACAACUCCAAAAGUCCAUGUACAUCUGGCGAUUUGCACAACUGAAAAUACGGGCACAUCUUUCAAUUGGAACCACCGUAAAUACGUCUCAAAUCAUUAUACGUCUAAAUAACAUCUUAAACACGACAUGUAGACUCAAUUAUUAAGACUUGCACUCACAAGUAAUGUAAAUAUAUUAUAUAUCAAAAGUUAGUCAACCAAGUUUGAAGAAUAAAAGCAAUUUCGAUCGAAAGCAAUUUCUAAGCGAUAAGUUAGCUGUGACAAUAUAUAUUUUUUUCAGGUUUGCAUUUAUAAGUUAAUUGUUGAACAAACAAUAACUGUAAAGCAUCAAUUUCGUUACAAAUUGUUGCGAAUACACUGGAACUGAAUGAAUUCUUCUUGGUAGAAGUGACGGCAAAAUCAGUUAAACCUUCGAUUUCUGAGUUUUAAAGAUAUUUUACAGAAUCUCUUAUUUGUUGGUGUUUCAAAGUAUUUGCUGGACUCAAUAGCCCACAUCUAAACUACUCUAAGAGGGGGCAUUCGUAUAAGCUUAAUAUUAGACAAAAUUUUGAGCCGCACCAUGAGAAAACCAACAAAGUGUUAAUUUGUUGAAAUAGUUUAUGGCUCUAUCAUGAAGAUCUGUUAUCGAUACUUGAUAACACACAAUAACAGUUAAUUGUUAAAAGAGUUUGGAAUACAGUAAAUCAAAACUCUUUAAAGUAAUGUACUUAAGUUAACAAACUCUAUAAAAAUCUACCGGCACAUUGGCUAAUGCGUCAUAGUGGAAGGAAAAGAAAAAAUCAUACACCAAGGAAUAAAUUGUUUCAACUGUGUCUAUUGUAUUAUCACCUGUAGUAUAUAGUAAAUAAAAACGUUCCCUUGUAAAGUGAAUGCAUUAUAAUGUGUUAGUAUUUAUUAACCCUUCGGUGGCCAGUUUUUGGACCAGUUAAAUAUCUUAAUUACAUUAUUGACUUGCAAUGUAAAUCAGAAGUCAACACAAUAUCAUCGCUUAUAUCAUAUGUCCAAAUCUGGUUGUUUCCAUUUUUUUUUUUUUUGCUUACGUCCAGGGCGCUAUUUCAUCAACGAAGUUGUUGUUAACGAGCAAAAUAAUUAAUCAUUAUCCCCCUGUUUUACACCGAAUAUAAGUUAUUAAUUCUGAAUACAUGAGACAGACCUUGAAAAUACACUUUAUCAUAUACUUCCAGUGAUAUUUUGCCAUUAACAUCAUUUGCUAAAAUAGCAUAUCCAGGUCUACAGAAUGUUAAGCCUUUUUAACGUCAUUACAAUAAAUGCUGUGGAUACCUCAAUACUGUCCCUUAUAAUGCUGUUUAAAUGGUGCUCAUACGACCUGUGUUGUCUAAAUCCGUUUUGCUCGGCAGUAAAAAUGCUGUUACUUCCCAAAUAAAUUGAUAGUUCCUUACUCAAGUAAGAACAACCUUCUAAUACAUGCUGCUUUUGUUUUUGUUGGGUUAAGCGUAGCACCGACAUGAUGCUUCGAUUGUGCACAAAUUUGCCAUCUCCAGAUUACUUUUUAUCUUCUUAACCAGUGCUCAAAUAGUCAAUGUUAUUAAAAUGCAAACAUAAGGAAACAAAAGUGUAAAUUUUCACUUUUCUUUGAUAAAUGGUCAAAAUUAAACCAAAUUUAAACAUAUGUCUAUACGAAACGACAGACUAAAAAACUGUUUUCUUGUAAGAAAUAUAAAAUAUUAAAUAUCCACGGAAAAACUAUUAUGUUAAUGCCAGUGACCAGUGAAGUCAAGUGAAGUGAAAUGAAGUAAAAGUAAAAGUAAAUGUAAAAGUAAAAGUAAAAGUAAAAGUAACGUAAGUGUUUGUUUAUUACUGAAAAGACCAGUCAUGUUGGCUUAUGAGACACAUAUAUACUUUGAACGGCAUUACUCUCCGAUUCCUGUUCGUUCAUGCCAGGCACCAGGCAGGUAAGCAAUCGGUUACCAUAAUUUAAGUAGCUGGCGGCUGACCGACCGGUAUUUCUUCAGUAAUAGGUCCCGCCUCUGACAGAGCUCCGACCAUCAACAUUGUGAGGCAGGUGCCUUUUCCAUUAGGCCACCGCAGUCAAUAUUUAGCGUCGUUUAAUUAUAAGGGUAAUUCCAAAUAUUCAUAUCACGGUUAAUGCAUUGAAACAGUCAAAUUUUAAAGACCAUGAAUAUUAUUGUGUGAUAAUGGUAAUUAUACAUAUAACCUGCAUCGAAAAAUUAAGAAAAAAAAUAUAUUUCUAUAAGAAUCAGCUGUUUAUUAUCCACACGUUUAUUGAUUAUUACAUGAAAUACGGUAUGGUUUUCAACUGAAGAAAUAAAUAAGGUAAACUGGAACUUUGUAUUAUUAUUUGGACAUGAUAAAGAGUGUCUUAAUACCUAUAAAAUUCAUUGUAACUUCGGCAUUGCAGAUGCAUACUACUAAGCUCAGACCACAUAUUGUACAUUGUAAUAUGCUUAUUCAAACUUUGCAAUAUACUACAAAAUGUUUGACUAAAUUAAAAACUAUAAAGAAUUAAGCAUUUGAAAAAAAAAUGGAAACAAAAUGUAAUGCAACAACUGAGAAAGGCAGUUUGCCGUAUAGAUGUAUUAACGCGAUAUUAUCAGGAUGAUUUUCAUGCGGGGUCUUUAAAACAUUUUAAAUUGGUAUUGUCAUAUAAAUAGUUUCAGUUAAAGUUGCAGCUGACUGUUGCAAAAUUGAAUGAUUAAACUUUGAAUCAUUUCGGGUGUCAAAAAGAAGAUAGUUGCUUAAUUUUAAACAUAAUUGACUUUUUUACAAGUAUGUGACAUAAAAUUCAUAUAGAAACGUUUUUGUGCCUCUGAUAUUGAUAGUCAUCAAAUAAAGUUUAAUUUAUAAAUUGAAAAGCUUCAAAUAGAGGCGUAUGCCUGAUACAAAUACUAGUCAGACGACACACUGAUCUGGUCAUAGAUUGCAAUUUGAUAUUUACAUUUCUGAAUCAA